UUAUCCAGCCUGAACGAUCACACUUAUGCACACUGAUUUGCUGGAGAUACUGUGAGCGCACAGUACGGGGGCGUGUGUAUAUACAAUAACAAACGCAGCAAUUCACCUAGAAGGGCAGUAACAAGAAAACUCUCUGUACAGAGAGGACUGCUCGGGAAGCCAGCAGCGGGGAUAGUGGUCACUUUGUCCGCAUGAAAUAGAUCUCUACUUUACAGAUUAAUUCGUAAGUAAAAGGAUCCGACACCUUUGCAACUUUCCAAGAAUGGAUGACUUCGGGAAUGUUACAAUCGAUCCGUAUUGCACGGGGAAGCCGCCCCUGGCUAUCGAGAUCAUACUAAAUCUGGAUGUGUUUGGGAUUGUCCUGUAUGCAGUGCUGACUGUGAUGGCAUUGAUCUCGGUGCUGGUGUACAUGGAGGAAGCCGUGUACAUCUACAAAAAGAUUCCUGGACCAAAGAAAACACCCAUUAUGUGGGUGAGUGGGGCGGCUCCGCUAAUAAGUACGACGGCUUGCCUCGGGAUGUGGGUUCCACGUUCGACCAUGUUCACAGACUUCACUGCAGCCGCGUACUUUGCCAUCGUCAUUCACAUGUUCCUCCUGAUGAUGAUUGAGGAGUGUGGAGGUGACGAGGGCUUCCUGAAACGAUGUGGCAAAGACCGUCUGAAGAUCAGUACUGGCCCCUGCUGCUGCUGCUGCCCAUGCCUCCCCUACGUGGGCAUCUCGAGGUCAGUCUCUCGUCAUGUUCAUGGACUUCCUGUUAACACAAGCAGACACUCUGCUUUAAGACUCCCAGCCUCCCCCUUAUAAAAGUUUACCAUAGUU